ACAAUGAAAUUUAUUUUAAUUACAAAUAAUUAAUAAUAAAAUGAAAAUAACUAAAAAUUAAAGUCGCUAACUAAAUAAGUGAAGGAGAAGCAGCUACAGGCCAGACAAAUGAAGCUGUUCAUAUGCSGAGAAGUGCACUUUGCGUGUAUAUACAUAUAUUUGUGUGUGUAAGUUGAAUAUUAAUGUCGGUAGCGCUGCCAACGUCGCCGCAGUCAAAAAACGCUUCGGUUGUCGCAAAGUCGCAUUAGCAACGCUGCUAUCUACUGGAAGAGAACAAAUACAUGUGUUCGCAUAUACAGAAAUAAGUGUGUAGUGCCUCUCUAUAACGCYAGAGUGCUUGUGCGUUGAUAAUAAUUUUUUCGGAGUAUCUCAAAUACGGUUGUCACGUUUUUCGACGGCAGACUACCAGCUACCUCUGACGUUUCAUUUUACUGAACUGCGCGUACAGUAUGUGUGUGUGYACAAMCCCAACAACAACAACAACAUAKAAUAUAUGUAUGUGUGUGUGAAUGUUGUAACGUGCGGGUACAAAAAAGCAAAGUAAGCGAUAAAAGUGUACUUAAAGCAAAGUGGUGGAAAAUAAAUUAAGGAAGMAGAAAAAAGUGCAUUAUUCCGAUGKUAUUCAGUGUAUGAAUAAAGAAAUAAGCAAAAGUGAAUAAAACUAGUGCAAGCACACAGAAAAUAAUAAAAUUCAAGGCAGAUUAAAAUAAAAUAUGUAAAAAGUGUUGUAAAAAAAUCAAUUAUAUAGUUAAUGAUUUACUAAAUGUGCAUAUAUCAUGAUUUUGAUUGGCGAAUGUGAAUAAGUUAAAGUUGGAGUMAAUGUAUGUGUAUAUAAAUAUAUUUAUUUAAAACUACAAUUGGGAUUACAAAUGGAUAUUGCCUUCUCCAAUUUGGAUAAAUAAAAUACAAACAUAUAUGGAUAACCCUAUACGYAAUCAGCAGCCUGAUAACAAAUUAUCUAAACUUAUCUGUAUUCAUUACGAACAGAUUGGCGCUGUACUAGCUGCAUUGGUACUCUGUUACAAUUAGCGCACACGUUCAUCGUGUUCAUUAAAGAUUUUUUUGUAAGUUCCUUUGUGGGUGACAGAAAGCAACAAUGUCACCAGUGCCAGGAGCCACAUCAGUGGUGGGCACUGGUCUCGCACCGCCACCUGCAUCGCCAGCAUCCACAUUUGUUACAACAACAACUACUACAACCAGCGCGGCCGUCACUUCGACCUCGCCUAGUCGCGUUCCGAUGGUGUCCCCGCAACAACAACAACACAGUACACCUUCACAGACGGCRCAAUGCCAAACUGCCACUGGUGGCAGCACAGACAACAAGAGCAAGCAUCACUUUAAUAACAACAACAAUAUAAAGAACAAUAACGUAGUUGAGCAAAAUUCAAGCAAAAGCAAAAACAACAAGUUAAGCAUACAGCACAAUGGUGGCAUGGAUUCGGCGAGUAUGGAAAGUGUGCGCCAAAUGAAGCAGCAUCAACAGCAGCAACACAAACAACAACAGCAGCAGCAGCAGCAGCAAACGAACAAAUAUACCAACAGUGACACCAAGGCUAAAAGCAAUGACAUGCAAAAACACACAAAUUCAAAUACGAAUACAACGAAUACAAAAUUGUCCUUCACCCAUGCCAGCAGCACGACGAAUGCUACCGUUAAUGGCGCAACUGGCAAAAGCGUGAACAACGCGCAAUUCUCCUCGCCUGUUGGUAAUGUUGUUGGCACGUCGACACUGUCAUCAUCAGCGUCGCCGUCCGCGUUGUCGCCUGCGCAAACUAAUUGCAGCACUAAAUCACCGACGACGACGACGACGACAACGACGACAAAGGCAACUACAAUGCCACAACCGACAUCCUCCGCCACCGCCAACGCAGCCUCGUCCACAUCAUCAAGUACGAAACCGUUGGCCUUGUCGGCUAUCACAAGUAAUGGUGCCACUUCAACACCAGAAGCAGCUCCAGCAGUAACAUCAUCCGAAGUGGCAGCUGCAACAGGCACAAUAAAUGCGAAGACAAUAAUAAAAUCGGCUAUUAAUCAAAAUGGUGUGGAAAUAAAGGAGGAAUGCGAUCCACAACAAGUGAUCGUCAAGGUGGAGGAAACAGCCUCAAACACAAAAGCAACAACUGCGAAAAUCACUACAACUACUGUUAAUCAAGUAGCAACGCCUCCUACWUUGGCGACAAAUCAAAAGCACACUGCGGCUGCGACUGCGACUGCGGCGCCGGCGGAAGCAAACAAGAAGAAAGCUGAUCCACUCGUUACCACCGACGAUGCGUCUGAGGAUAAUCUGAUUGUGGAUAAGCCGCGCAAAGUACUGCUGAGCGUCAUGAAUCCGCAUAUAAUUUGUCACUUGUGCACCGGUUACCUCAUCGAUGCCACAACCAUUGUCGAAUGUUUGCAUUCGUUCUGCCACAGUUGCCUAAUUAAACAUUUGCGGACUGAACAGUACUGCCCACGCUGUGAAAUGAUGAUAAACACGGCGAAGCCAAAUAUAAAGCCUGACACGACGUUGCAAGCCAUUGUCUAUAAACUUGUACCCGGGCUUUAUGAAAGAGAAUUGAUGCGUAAACGCGCCUUUUACAAGGAUCGUCCGGCCGAAGCCGCUAUUGCUACACCAGAGCAACGUGGCGAAGACACCGAACAUCUCAUCUUCAGUCCCUCGGACUGUAUGUCCUUAUCGUUGGAGUUCGCAGACACAGAUGAACUGGUGCGUCAGAACAGCGAUUACGGCGAAUUGUUGAAGCCACGUUACCUGCAGUGUCCCGCCAUGUGCACUGUUGGACACUUGAAGAAGUUCGUACAUGGGAAAUUCGAUAUCGAUACGCAGCGCUUCAACAUUGACAUAAUGUAUAAGGUGAAGACGAUAGUGCUGCUCGAUCACUACACGCUCAUGGAUGUGGCUUACAUUUACACAUGGAAACGUGAUGCGCCAAUGCGUUUCUAUUUUCGUGUAAAACGUUCUUUGCGUCCAAUUGUAAAGGCACGUAAACCAGCAGCCAUAAUGCCUGCGGCUGCACCAGAACCGGUAGAAAUUAAGGAUGAAGUUGUAGAUGCCGCAGCAACAGUCAAAUCAACGAAAAUUCCCGCUAACGAAAUUCCACAAACCAUUUCGCCCAUACCAGAUGCCAUCACAAUAAUUCCGAAACCAGUUGCGUCGGYCUUAAAAACUAACGAGCAACAGAUUAUGACGCCAGAACAUAUUAAAGAAGAGGAAGUUGAAGAGGCUGAAGAAUUGAAGGCUAAAUCGAUUGUGGAAGUAAACGUUAAACCGGCGAAGCCUCCCAAGGUUCCCAAGGCUUCCGCCGUCAGCUCAAGUACGGAAAACAAACGCUCACACUCCAACUCUUCGGCUGAACGUAAAGCCGAGAAAGCACUAAAUGCGCAUAACUCGCAUAACUCACCGAAAUCGUCCAAAGAGAAACGYGAAGCCAAGGAAGCUUUAAAGCAAGCCGCCGAACAACAACCACGUGAUGAACGUAAAGUUGAAAAUAUCAAGUUAAAGAUUGAUUUAUCGAAACACAAUAGUGUGACAAUCAUAAAUAUGUCCGAUCCACAACGUCGUGAAAUAACUAAGCCGGUACGCCCCGAAAAAGAGUGGAAGCAAAAAAGCAAAAGAGAUAAAGAAUCCAGUCCCAAAAACUCCCCGCACAGUGAACGCAAAAGCAAGACACCUAGUCCGCUAACGGUGCCACCACUAACUAUAAAAGCCGAACAAAUUAGUCCACAGACGAAAAUAAGUCCAUUAGCCAAAAUUCCGACUGAAAAGUCUCCUGUAUCUGCCUCAACCAUUGAGGAGGAACAAAAGUCACAGUUCCUCAAGUCAUUUUCGCUGACACCGAUCAAAGCUGUCAAAAACGAAACAAAUGAAAAAUCACCGAAAUCACCAAAAUCACCAAAAAGCAUCAGCUCUUCAGCGUUUACCCAUAAGGUGGUUGUUAAGUCACCAACAAGUGGCGCGCGUGAUUCGCUAAAGACGACWAUCAGCACCGUUUUCAAAGGACCCGCCAUACCGUCUAAGCGCAAAAUUAAGGAACCUGUUAAGAAUGUGGCCAAGAAGCCAAAAUUAUCGCCACCAUUACCGGCUGAAGAUUUCAAAAUUAAAUUGCCACCAAGUCCGAUUGCAAAUACAUCAAAACAAAAYUCAUCUCCUGUCGCUAAGCCGACUUCGCCAUCCAAUGAAAAACCUCUUAUGGCUCCGCCAGCAAGAAUCACCAACAGCACACCGUCUACCACAAGUUACACGAUAACAACAACAACAACGCCCAAUUCCAAAACUAACCAAGUAACUUCAACAACUAGCAGUCAAGCAAUUAUGCGUCCACCAAUUGGUCUGCCGCCGAAAAAAGUUUCUGGUAAGCUGAGUGCUUCGGCAGCGCAUAAAAUGAAUUCGAUGCCUCUACCUCAGUCUAUGCCCCGUGUUGAGAUGGCUGCGCCAGGAAAUCGCACACCUAUUGCGAAGCGUUACCAACCUAUUCUGCCGAAAUCGACGCGUCCGAAUCCCUUCGCUAACAUUCCAAGUGACGUCAAUAAGCUGCUGAAGGACGCAGGUACUGAAAUCAAAUCAAUCGCCAGCAAUACGAAGUCAUCCGGGAAAGUGUAUGGCCCAAAGACCACCACAAGUGGCACAACUAUCACCGCCGAUAAUAGUCUGAUGGGACCACCACCUGCGCCAACAACCAAACCACAAUCCCAAAGUGUGAAUCAGCAGCGCCACGGCAUUGCGGGCAGUGCCAAUAAAUUGGGUCCAAAGAAUGGCAAAAUCAGUAAUUCGAAUAACUAUCUUAAUCUGGCGCUUUUUAAUGCCUCAAAAUCGAAAGGCAAUGAGGCUCCUCCCGGUUGUCGUACCCCUAUGUACACGCCAAGCUCACCAAUAUACUCGCCUAGCUCUCCGCAGUACAUGCCGAACUAUAAUAUACCCACAGUUCCAACUUACAAAUAUACACCGCGUCCAUCUGGCGGUAGUGGUAGUUUCUUGCAAAGUAUAUUAGGUGGUGCGAACAACCAAAUGGCCGGACUUUUCCCCGCACCACCCACCAUGAAAGAUAAUACCAACACUGGUACCACAAACGGUAAUAGCUCGCCCUCUCACAACACUAAUUAUAAACCAAUGGAUGUUGGUGGUGGUCACCAGCAGGCACCCAAACGUGUUUAUCCCUUCGCGCGCAGUCCCAGUCCAGAAGAUCCGCCAGAGAAGCAAUUGAAAGUGAAAUCAUUACUCACUUCUUGUAACAUAAACAUUCCCUCAUCGCUCUCGAUUACCAUCACACGGGAAGAUAGCGAGUCGCAGACAAAUAAUACCUCGCAUCCAAAACAUAAGAGUCCUGUGAAUAACUACAUUGAGAUCCUUAAACUGCCUGAACAGUCAAGCGACGCCUUGGAGCAGAGCAAACGCGCCUCACCACCGGCGCAAAAGUUACCAGCAACUCCACACGCCUCUUCGCUAAAACUGCUUAUGCCACCAACGACGAACGCAAACACCACAAGCUCCCCUGUGAAACGUGACAACGCAGAGGGGAAGUCCACCAAUUAUGGCACCACAACUUUGUCGCAAAUUACACAAAAAUCGCAGAGCAAUACAUCAAAAUCAUCAUACAACAACACAUCGAAUAGCGCGAAUAAAACACAAACUGCCACCCAAAACACCACAGCAAAGUCACCACAAUCGAAUUCUGCACCGAGUCAGAUGAACCCUAAACACGCGAAUGACAACAACCAACAAAAGUCCAAUACGAAGGUGAUGGAGCCACUGAAAUCGCCACAAGCGGAGCAACAAAAAUCGGGCGCAGAGAAGAAAUCGCCUCUACAAAGUCCCGAGAAAAGUAGCGCGUCACCAAACGGCAAGAACACACACAAGUCGCCAAACAGCGCCACCGCUGUCGAUGCUAGCAAGAAGUUCCGACCAAUUUUGCCGCGACAAAAUCCUGCGUCCUCCAUACCGGAAAUUGUACCGCCGAAGGUAACGACCGGCAGCAUUAUAGGCACUUAUUCGGCACCAAGCGGUGUUGCCGUGAAAGUUCAUGCCGCUAAGAAAGUGUCGCCGCCUAAGAAAUCUCCAGGUGCACAACAGCCCCAACCGCAAGCGGCACAUCAGCAGCCCAAAAACGGACAAASUCCGAACGCGUUAAGCGCCGCGAAACCAAACAUACCACAGUCCAACAAAUCACCCGCACCUGCACACCAGUCCUCAUCUAAGCUGUCAACGAACGCCAAGUCUGAUAUCGCGCCAGCACCAAUGUCAUCGCCGAAUGCCAACUCCAACUCCAACGCCAACAAGCUCGUGCAUUCACCACACCCCAGCAUGCCCCCAGCCAUGCCAUCAUUGCCCAGCCUACCUACCAUGCCCAACAUGCCGCCCACCGCGCUCCAAGUUGCCGCCAUGGCCGCCAGCCUACCCGGCAUGCCGUCGCACUUGGGCAACGUCUCCGCUGCCGACUUCAGCAAGCUCUUCAAGGAUAAUCUGCUGCGCGCACAGAUGCAAGCGGCUGCGGCCGCUGCACAGCCCGGCGGCAUGUUCUAUCCAUAUGCGAACCCGCAACAAUUGAGUCCCCACUACAGCUAUCAGCAGGCCUUUAUGCUGGAGCAGUUCACGCGCAUGCAGCGCGCCGAGGCAUUGAAUGAGUUCAUGCAAAAGUUUAAAAACGGCCCAGCCGAUAAGCCGUUAGACAAUAGUGCUGGUAGCGUGGGCGGCGGCAAAGCACUGGCUGUCCCAGGUCCGAAAGCGUCACCCGUUGCGUCAACCAGUGGCAGCGCAACCACCAAGUCAAACGCGGCCAACACCAACACAACGACUACCGUUGUCAAUAGCAACAGCAACAGCAACGGUGGCGCAAACGCGACGAAGGCCAAAUGAAAAUGAAUGUGCGGAAGGCGGUGGCGAUGCACUUGGAGAUGAAUGAACUCAUCCAAACAGCGCUUAUGGAAUUCAAUUCCCGCUGUGCGGCGGGUGUGUGCGCUUGGCGGUUUGCCUAAUCAAUAAAAGAAAACAUUUCAAAUGAAUAAAUUGAGGUGUGCGACUACAUGUAAUCGCAUGUAYAUGUAUAUGUAUGUGUGGUAUAUACAUACAGACAUGCUCACAUACAUAUAUCUUCGUUUAAUUAUAGUUUAGUAAUACUUUAAUUAAGCAGUAAGUUGAAAACUGUUUCUGUUUAAACUGGUUCUUGUUUUUGUUAUCCACUUUACCUAUAUUUGCUUAUUUAUUAUUAUUAAAUGCUAAAAUAAAACUAACACUAGCGUAAAAAAGUAUUCCUCCACGAAUAUUGCGACAAAAUGUACAGUACAUACACAUACUUGCACACAACCUGUGCGUGUGUGUGUGAACAGUGUAGACGUAAGGAGGGAAAUGUACAUAAAUAAAAUAAUUAUGCGUAUGUUUGUGUGUAGCUUAACCCACCCUUAAAUAACCUAUAAAUAUAUCUGCUCCCCGUCCCUGACUGAAUUUUGUGAAACACAGUGAAUUGUAUUUUAUAUAAAAACAAAAAUAAAUAAAUCCCACUUAGAAUUAGAAUGAAAUAGAAAUGCAUAUAUGUAUG